CCUCGCGGCGGCCCGCCUGACUCCCGGCGUGCCUCGCGGCUGCGAAACUACAACUCCCGGCAUGCCCCGCGCCAUCGUGCAGUGCCCGCACCCGUGAGGAUGUCGCGGAACGUCUCUGACGCAAGCAGCAGAAAAGAACAUGUUAAAAUUACCAGUGAGCCCAAACCAGGGUUCCUGGAGCGGCUCAGUGAGACAUCUGGGGGGAUGCUGAUUGGGUUUGUGUCGUUUUCCCUUUCUUUCUACGUGCUUUUUACCAAUGAGGGACGAGCUUUGAAGACAGCCACCUCUCUUGAUGAGGGCUUGUCUCUUGUAAUUCCUCUUGACAACAUACGCACCGUGUCUCAACAAAAUGAGGGGAAACUAGUGCAUUUGUCUGGUGCCCUUGCAACAUCAAAGCCUUUGUUCGAUCCCAGCUAUGGGCUUUCCAUUCAGACUGUCAAACUCAAACGUAAUGUAGAAAUGUACCAGUGGGUAGAAUAUGAAGACUCCAAAGAAUAUGAGGAGAAUGGUGAAAUUAAGAAAGAAACAAGAUAUUCAUAUAACACUGAAUGGAAAUCGGAAGUUGUGAACAGUAAAAAUUUUGAUCGAGAGAUUGGACAUAAAAAUCCAAGUGCUAUGGCUGUGGAAUCUUUCACUGUGACUGCUCCUGAUGUCCAGGUGGGCAGGUUCUUUCUUUCCAAAGGUCUUAUUGACAAAAUAGACAACUUCAAGCAGAUGAGCCUGUCAAACCUGGAAGAUCCACAUGCAGAUGUUACCCGAGGAGGCGAUUAUUUUUACCAUAGUGAGAACCCCAGGCGUCCAGAAGUGGGAGACCUUCGAGUUUCAUUCUUCUGUGCAGGUCUGAGUGGAGAUGACCCUCACAUGGGCCCAGCAGAUGUGGUAACUGUGAUUGCUCGUCAGCGAGGGGAGCAGUUGGUUCCCUAUCAGACCAAGUCUGGCAAUGUCCUGCAAAUUCUAUACGUUGGGGAUCUCUCUGCUGAGGAGGUCUUUCAAAAAGAGCAUGAGAGUAACACCAUGAAGACCUGGGGCCUUCGUGCAGCAGGCUGGCUUGCCAUGUUUGUUGGCAUCAACCUCAUGACCCGAAUUCUUUAUACCUUGGUGGAUUGGUUUCCUGUUGUCAGAGACCUGGUUAAUAUUGGCCUGAAAGCCUUUGCCUUCUGCAUAGCCACCUCUCUCUCCCUGCUGACCAUCUCCGUAGGGUGGCUCUUCUACCGUCCUUUGUGGGCUUUGAUGAUUGCACUGCUGUCUGCAGUUCCUAUUGUAAUUGCCAAAUCCCGAGUUCCAGCAAAAAAACAGCAAUGAAGAUGGAAGAGCUCCUUUUUGCUCUCUUUGCACUGGAGUCUGUAAAGCUUAGUGCAUGAGGUUUCAGGCUAUUACAACAUGCCUAAGGCACAUCACCAAAGAGCUCAGUUGGGUGUAAUUGUUUAUUCACUUAACACAUAAGCACAAAAAAUGCAAUUCUACAGGCUACUGCUUUGUAGUAAGCCAGUGAAAUUGAAUUACAAAGUCUGGAGUGGGUGAGAAGCAGUAUUUGCCUCUAAACAAGUGUUUUCUAGCCUCUUCAAAUGAGGCAGGUUAGUAUAAUCUCCCAGUGGACAAGUUUUAUCAUGUAAUCUACAACUUUCAGUCUUUAGUGUGUUUGUGUACCUUCCUAUCUCACUUUCUAACGUAGGUGUGUACAUUGCAAAAAACCCGUGUGUUAAUAUACAAAAGCAACUUUGCAUACAUGUGAAAGCUGUGUUAGACUCUUGGUCUUCAGUAAUUAGAGAAAAAAUAGGCAUAAGGGUCACUUGCACCAAGGGUUUAAAAAAAAUAUAAAUUGGAUCGUGGGCAGUAGGCUGAAAUGACUUUUAAAGGUACCUGGUUUUCAGAACGUGCUGGACAAGGUCCUUUCCAAAGUCAGGACCCUAGACAAACUAAACGGUCUUAGCUUUUGUACCCAAGAUCACUAAUAUCUUUUCAUGGGGAGAGGAUGGAGCUUGAAAGUAAUUUUAAAUUCCAUCUUUUAAGGUCCUCCACCUCUUUAUUGGAGGAAGUGGGGAAAGGGGUAGAAACCUAAGAUCCUGAAGCAAAACUUGUCCAGCUUAGUAAGUACUCCUACAUGUUGUUUGCUAUUUUAUACAGUAUGUGUGUGCUGUGUAUUUUACUUAAGGAAGGCAAUGAAAACACUCCAUUUUACUUUAUGCUAUGUCAUGAAAGCCAAAAUCUGGACUAAAGAGUUAAAUGCCCCACCACUGCAUUUGCAAACCAAACAGAUAACUUCUUCCUUGAGAUCUAAAUCCUUCAAAGUAGUCCUGCUUAAUCUUUAAAUCUUGUAUACCUAAAUAACUUAAAUCAGGAGUUUUAUUUCAUGGUGGGACACAAAAUAACUCCAUAUUUAACCUUAUGUUCAUGUUUACAGUUUUCUGCUGUCAAAAGUACUUGUGAUUAAAAAUAGUAUAGAAUUGUUUCUAAAGGGGGUAUAAAGCUCCAAAUGGUUUGCCUGGCUUUUUGGCUGUGGCCAUAUCUGCUUCAUUUUUAGAUGAAUGCUUAAUUCUUUGCACAAAAAUGGUAUUAAAAAGUAAAGGAAAAGUUUUUAGGUAACAGGCUUUCCCCAGUUGUUGUUCUGAACAAAUUUUAGUUAAAGAGCAUCCUUCUAUUUUUGUAGGCAUUCAAACAUUGUCAGUUCAAUUUCAAAUCCCCAGGGCCUUAUUCUGUCCCAGUGAAAUCACUAGGGGCAUUUAUACAUGUGCCCAGGGGUGGGGAAAGGAGGGGCACUUUAAUUAGGGUGGCUCCAAGAGCUGCUUUAAUUAAAGCAUCCAGGGCACCACAUGCAUCAGCAUCCCUGCACUGAAAAAUGGUGGCUUUAGUUAAAGCAUCCACUUCUUCCAGUGUGGCAAGUACUACGCAAUUGAGCAGACUCAAUUGAUCAAGUUUGCUCUGACGCACUAUUAACUGGAGUAGCUUUGCUGUACGUGUAUAGGCACCCUUGGAUGGGCAGCCGCUUGCUAAGGUUGCUUUAGAUAUGCAAAUAGUCUGAAUGGAAAGUAUGGGGCUAUAAAAAAGACUUGAGGAAUUCAUGCCUGUCCCUGAACCUCUGAAGCAUGUCUUUCAGUGUGUCUAAUGGAUAGUUGUGUGUGUCCCUAUGGGGAAAAAUUUCUGCUUUCCAAACUUGAGAAAACACUAGCAUUCAUGUACUGUAAAUUGGGGCCAGGGGGGUGGGCUGGAGUCCUUUUUCUGUGGAAGAAUUGACCUUUUGUAUAUGCCAUUAAACUUCUUUCAAAUGAC